CUCGUCGUCUCGUAGUUAUAACAACUUUGCUUAAUUUGGUGCGGCGCUCUUGAUUUGAAGUAUUGAAUGUUUGUGUUGUGUAAUGUGUCAAAAUAGUCUCAGUAAUAGUGGCGUUUGCGUAAGCUCUUAACUUUAAUACUAUUGUCUGAUCCAUUAGCGUACACAGCCGGUAUAAGAGGGUUAGCGUUCAAUAAGAUUGGUGGCAAGUAGUGUUUCUGAUGUUCAGGCUGUGGAGUAAUUGCCGUGGGAAGAGGACAUGGACUACUUACAGAAAGUGCUUGCAGAAAUUUCAGUGAAAGUGGAUAAUUUUCCUGUUGGAGCAGCAAAUGUCCGUGACAGUGUUUCACUAGAGUCUGCAAUAAACACAUUACAGGCCAAGAUACAAUGCACUACAGCUGAUGUCCUCAUCUUACAAGCACUGACAGAAAUUGCUAAAAACUCUAAUGCAAAUAAAGGCAAAACAGAUCACACACACAUUGCAAAAUAUGAGAAUGCUCUGGUGGAUGAUGCAUCAGCCAUAAAUCACCCACGAAAUAUGGCAGUUCUUGCAGAGGAGGCAGCAGCUUUAAAGGAAGCUCUUGAAAUGCAACCUGAAGAAAUGGAGCAUCAGCCCUUAUCGUGUCGCUCACUCUUGGAACGUAUAAAAAACAUUGUGCCUAAGUGUUCAUCAACUCAACUUGAAUUAUUGGAAAUUCAAAACGAUAUCAACCAAAAACUAAGAGAGAUCCAAGAAAUGGAGUGUACGCUUAUGAAGAAGAAAGCAAAGUAUGCCAGUGAUUUGGUGAAACAGAAGAAACAUUUGGAUAAAAAAAGAAGUUCUAAAGAUGAGGGAUAUGACAGGAAGAGCAAAAAUUUAAAAAACAUCGCAAGCGAAAUUAACAUGAUGAAAACUAUUAUACAGUCAUUUAUAUAUUUAUCACCAGAGUCUCUAGAAAAGAAAGAAGUUCUUGAAAUACUUGAGUUUACAAGAAAACCUCUGAACCUUGUAACAUAUAGCAUACAAAUUUAAAAUGUGGAAGACUUCAUUAACAUUAUUUAAAUCUGUUUUAUUUGCUAAGUAUGGAGGCCUGUAUCAUAAGAGCUUUGCUUCACUGUUCAGAUGCAUCUAAUAUGAAAGUCUUAUUAGUGCUAUGACCUUUACCAGGUGUUAAUGUAUUAUUUGGAUCAUCUUCCAUGUUAUUGUAUUACUGGUUUGUGAACUUUGUGUGUAACUGAGAAACAGACAUUUGUAAAUGCAAUUACAGAUUAACAAUAACUUCCUCA